AUGGCGGCAUUUCCACCGCAAAAUCCGCCGGGGCCUCCGCAACCGGCCGUGCCGUCAUUAGAUCUCACGGGCCUAUGUUUUCGCGACCAAAUAUUUCUAAAUUUCGUUGGCGGAUGCCUCGUGCCGGGUAACGUGUUUGACUAUUUCGCUAACUCGCCGUUCUACGAUCGCACGUGCAACAAUGAGCAGCUGAGGAUGCAGGGCAUUCAUCCUCUUGACACAGCGCGCCUCAGGGAGAUGGUGGGAUGGGAAUAUUCGCUGCACAUGGCGCAGGAGCCUCAUCUGUUCGUGUUGCGGAAGCAGAAAAGGGACGGUCCAGAUCGCACCACGCCCGUGGCUGCAUACUACAUCCUGGAUGGGUCCAUCUACCAGGCCCCUUCACUGCAUGCCGUUAUUGGUUCUCGGAUCUGCCGUGCCCUGCAUCAUCUCCGGGCAGCCUUUUCUAUGACCCGGGCGGCUCUCGACAAUCCCGAAGCUGCCCGGCCAAAAGAAGCAGAGCGGUCAGAGUCGGAAGGGGCGUCAGUUGAAGCCCCUGACACGCCAGCAGCAUCAGAGGCAAAGCCAACCGCAGCAGACGUGAGGGAGAUGGCACGACUGGACCACGUGAUUAUGAACGUUGUCAGGAAGCUCACCCCAGCUCCACCUCCCCCAGAUAUCGCCUUGCCGGCACUGCCACAGCCAGCAGCAGCAGGUGAAGCAGCAACGGCAGAGGACAAGACGGGAGGGGCGGGUACCGCUGCUGCUAGUGCUGCUGCUGCUGCUGCUGCUGCUGCUGCUGCUAGUGCUGGAGGUGGUGCUGCUUCUGCUGCUGCCCCUGCAACUGGUGCUGGGGCGACUUCAGGGGCUGGGAAGAAAGCAGGGGCAGGUAAAGCGUCAACAGCAAGGAAGGCAGGGACAGCAAAGGCAAGAGCUGGGUCAGGUGCUAAGGCUGGUGCUGCAGGGAAGAGUGGUGGCGCUUCUGCCGGUGCUGGUGCUGGUGGUGUUGGUGCCAGUGGUGGUGGUGGUGCUGUUGCUGCUAGUGGAGGAGGGACCAAGACAACGAAAGCAGUGAAUCCGAAGCCCACACAAGAAGGGGAAGUACGGAAAGUGAAGAAGGCCAGAAAGGCUUAG